AUGAUAAGAAAAAGAUGAGAGAGAAGUAGAAAAAUGAAAAUUAGAAAUAAAUUAUGGAUAAGUAUUGAUGCUAGAACACAAACAAAAUCCUACUCUCAUAAUUUAAAUAAAAAUUAUAACCUUAUUUUGAAAGGUAUUACAUUUCUUAUCAUUUGAUUUUGUUAUUAAGAAUUGUGUUCAAAAAUAAACUUAGGAACAUACUUAUUUAUUUUGAAUAUAUCCAAAAAAAGUGAGCAAGCCACAAUGUUGAGUAUUUUAGAGAUAGAAGAGACAUAUGAUUUUUAUUCAUGUCUUUGCUUUUCUAAUAUUUUUGAUUGUGGUAAAUUUAUGUAGAGAAUAGUAUUCAAAUUAAAUAAUUAACUCUAAAUUAGAAAAUUUUACUAAGCUUUUAUAUCUUAAUUUUGAUAUACACCCC